UAUAACCCUCGCGCUUCCUCGCGAGAGUUACGUGGCAUUAAACAUGGCCGGUUGGGCAGGCUUCAGCGACGAGGACUUGAGGCGAAUAAAACAGAACUCAACUGGAGGGGCAGACUUAGCUGCUAACAGACAGGCCCAGUUGAAGCGGCAGCAUGUACCAAACAAAGAAAGGCUUGUGAGAAAUUCAAGAGGCCACGGGGCAGCAGCUUCUGGCAAUCCGACUCAACUAGAUCCCUCACAGAGGCUAGUGCAACCCGAGGAACUGAAGGUGAAGGCAAAUGGAAAAGGACCAAGGGCAACAGAACAGGGGCAACGGAAGGCUGCUGCUCAUCAAGAUGCGGACAAACCUGACAAGCUACAGGUGGCAGGAGUGUCAUCAGAAAAGCAGUUGUCUGAUUCAGGGCAAAGAGUCGAGUCAGAGACACCAUCAGAAGACAAGGAAAACAUGAGAGAACUUGAUGAAACAGAGGCAAUUGGCGUGGAGCUGGGCAAUAUGGCCAAGUUCCAGAAGCAGCAGAAGAUGAUAGAGGAGGCCAACAAGCAAAAGAGGCAGUACCUGACCAAUGCCAUCAAUGAGAGGAAGAAAAAGGCCAAAGCAGAAUCUGUGAAGCUGACAAAGAUUCAGUCAGAACUAGGUCGCCUUGACACACUUCUGUCGGUCGACGUUGGGGUCAUCAGGGAUAAGAUAGAGGCAGCCAGCAUUGACUACACAGAUGCUCAGAGGCGGUAUAGCCGAGCAGAGCAAGAAUUUAUCCAUGCAAAAAUGGACUUGUUUCAUAAAGGCGAGUUGAAGGAGAGACUUACAGAGCACCUUUACACCAUUAUUCACCAGAAUGAGGUGAGGAAGGCCAACAAAUUGGCAGAACUGAUGAAACAACUGGAGAUGGAAGUUGCACAAGAAGAAAUGGAAAUGUCUGUUCCAGCCAUUCCAAUGCUUACAAACUUUAAUUCUGUCACAACACUGCAAAACCCAGCACUGAAGUCACCAGUUCACAGCCCUGAGGUGGAUAAGAACAUAGAUCUGACCAACAAAGAUUCUUUGACAGAAAAUACAGACUCUGUGCGAACAAAAUCACCCGAGGAGGACAUCGCAGUCAAGUCUGAACCAGGGGCAGACAACUCUUUACAGAUGCCCAUACAAGCAGGAAGUAAUCCUGAGACAAAGGCUAGUUCAAUUGGGCAGCGGCAGUGUGAAGAACUUUCUCAAAGAACUGAUGAAAGUAAGACUGUUGUGUCAAGUGAUAUGUCUAAAGAUGUGGAACAGAAAGAGGAUGCUGAAUCGGCAUCUUCAUCUGUAAACAAAACAACUUUAUCAUGUCAGGAUGUGGGUUAAAACAACAGACUUGAAUAUGUUGCAGAAGUUUCAUAUCAUAACUGCACUCAUCAUGUUCGCAGUACCAGGGGUACUGGCAUCUCAAUGUUGAAGUGAACAACUUUGAGAUCUCAUCAUAUUCAAGCAACAUACUUUGAGAUUAUGUGAUGUGUCUUAAUUGGCAUCUAUUGUGAGCAUGAGAAAUGAAUGUUGAAUUCAGUCAGGUACAUUCAACUUGUUCAAUGCAUAUAUUAUUUUUUUAAGAUUGAAGAUAAUGAGACUGUUCUGAAAAUUUAACUCAAACACUGUCAUAAUCAUGAUAAUAAUAGUAAUUAUACAGCAACAACUUUUGGGACACAAUUGGGUCUGUUGAUUUAAAUUUGGAUUGGGAGACAUUUGGCCUCUCAGCUGUCCAGCAAUGAAUUAGGAUCGAUGUACACAGACCCCAUCUAGAUCCAACACUAAUAACGGUACUCACGACAUGUCAAAUGGGGAAUGUGGGUUCAAAUGUAACUCCCAUUUGUCAUGUGGUUCCCACAUUUGUGUCCCUAUGAGAAAUUUGUGGGUUGGAGGUGUAGGGAUUGAAAUAUAUGAUCAAGGUGGAGAACCCACUUAUUCUUCAGUCAAUGUUUGCUCAGGGUUCACCUGACAUGACCUUCUCGUCAGAUUUUGACACAACACUGAGAGGUGUCUUUCUCAAAGCAACUGUAGCUCAAUCUUAAUGUGGUAUGUCAACCUUAGCUCUAAGAUUGCAGUUGUAAGACUGUAUGACAAUGUUUCCUCAAUCUGUUACUCCUUAUACUGGUAAAGACACAAUAGUUUAGGAUUUUCUUUGCCUCUUUCUAACACAAUUUCUGAGUGCCAGUGUUUUAGACCGAUUUACAUAAUCAUCAAAUGUAAUUUCUAAACAUGAACGACUACGAAACAAUCGCUAAAUUCCAGCACAUUGUAAUCUCCCUUUCUCCAUGUUCUCAACAGCAUGCCUAUGUACUGUUUGAAAUCCUUGGGUAUCAUGGGUAUGAGCUGUAUGUUGAAUUAAUUGUUGGUAAGAUAAUAUAGCAAAACAAAUUCUGGAUUAACAAGUUCGAGCAGCUGCCUCUCAACAAGCAAAAUAUGAAUCCAAUCGCAAUAAUAACCUCAAGACAAAAAAAAGACCCAUGCCUCGACAGUUUAUGUGAAUGAUUAUCAUACACGGGUACUAUAGACAUGUACUAUCUUCCAUUACUGAUGCUCCAUUUCCCCUUUAUUUUAUACGUGAAAUGUUAAUUCUAAUCAGAUAUUAGCAGUACAUUAACUGGCAUUAACACAUGUUAAAUCCACAGCCAUCGUUUAUGAAUUAGUGGAAACUGUUUUCAUGGGGAUGGAUGGGAGGGGGAGGGUGUGAGAGGAAGUGUUCAUCUUCAAAAUCAACUUCACAGAAAGUUUUUAAAAAAAAAACUGUCGAGUUCUCAGGCUUUGGUCAAAGAAUUGUUUUCCAUGCAAACUCAUUAAUUGGCAAGUUUUGUCAAUGCACAAGCCUCUGAAAUUUUUUGCAUACUCAGCAUACUCACAUUUUUUAUAAUUGAUACUGAUCAUGUUUUUGCUGCUCCAUCCUUUGUUGACAUUGUAGACUAAACAACUCACAUACUCACGUGUUGGAAGGUAUGCAUUUCCUGGUAUGAUGCAAAAUGGCUAAUUACAUUAAACAACUAAAGGUUUAUCAUAAUUUUCUUUUAAACUAAUAUUCUGAACGUGUGUGAUCUUGUAAGUCAUGAAAAUAUCAACUUUAAAUUUGUCAGGUCACACAAUGAGAUAAAUAUGUUAUUAGCAAGGAUCGACUCUCCACCCCCACCCCAAUCACACUGAAAUAAACAUAAGAGACUGUGUUAGGGACAGAAGCUUGAAAUUGUGUUUCUCUAACCAUGCGAAAUAGGACUGUUUCCUCAGGUUUAGUGCGCCACAUUGCCCUGAAUGUUGUGCUGUUUUGAAUGAAAAUGUGAAAGUUUGUUUCAUGUUUUCAUUUUGUCUUGAAGCAGAAAUGACAAGUUUUUGCUGGUGUAAAAAUUACCACCAUACCAAAAGCACCAAGACAAUAACCUGUAUGGCUGUACAGGUAGACUGAUGAUGAAUGAUGUACUUAACAUAUGAAGCAGGUGCACAGGCACUAUUCAUGCCCUCUAUGCCUUCACUUGCACAUUUUCAAGGUGUUAUUUUUAUGCCAAAUGUUGAUUCUUCUGUAACCAUGGUGGCUGUCAUGGAUUCAGAAAUAAGACUAUUUUUUUUAAACCGUCCUUGAAUUAUUGCCGUUGUAAACCAAGAUCAUACUGCUGAAUUAUAUUAAUGGUAGAAACGUGUGGUUACCCUUUAUGUUAUCAUGUCCUAUGCAAUACUUUAACAUGCUUUUAAUUUCUGCUGAAAAAAUACUUUUUUGAAUAUAUACAUGUUUUAGAUGUGCGAUAUAUGUGAUAUGACUAAGGGGUCAUUUAAAAAAUUCUCAUAUACAAGUAUUCUUAGCUUCAAUCCAUUUCCUAUCCCAAGCGGUCAUCAAACUUAUGUUGUCAUGGUUAUCAUGUAAAGUCAUUGGAAAAGUGUAAUGUUAAUUGUUUAUGCUUAACACGUCCAGACAUUUAUUAUCCCUAUGUUCAUACAUAUGUUCAUAUGAAAGGUUUGCUUUACUCGGCUAGUUUUAAGCAUAUUACAUCACAUUCUGGCAGAAAAGAAAUCAGUUUUCAGUUCUAUUUCCCUAUAUUGUAUUUGUUCGGGUUGGCAAUGAUUUCUCCAUGGCUACGAAGUGGCGUGGUUACGAAUUCACCUACACCCCAUCCAAACAUUUGCCAUAUAACUGGCUCACGUAUCGAUUCGCCCUGAUUAAUUUUUUUUUUUAUAAAUAUUUUUAUUUCAAUUCAGUAGACAUAAAUGUAACAUUGGUACAUGAGGUAUAUUCGUGUAGCAAUUCAUAGAAUCUUAAAACAUGAUUAGAUAUGGGUAUGUACAUACAUGUGUAUUGAUUGACUGAUAAAUUAUAAUAAGUAGGCUGAUAAUUCCUUCCAUUUUCUGUUGAAUCUAUUAAUACUACUAUUUUUCAUUGCGAUAAUUUUUUCUAUUUUGAUAUAUAUAUUCUUUCAAUAUUUUUAUGAAAAAAGAAAAGCAUAAUGGAGUUUUUUUAACUUAAUGCUUGACUGGUGAAUGUAUCUUUUUGCAAGAAGAAUUAUGUAUAAUGUUUCAUUUCAAUUUCUAACCAAAAUUCCUUUACAAAAACGCAUUCUACAAACAUAUGGUAUAAGUUUUCUGAUUCAGAGACACAAAAUGAGCAUAUAUCAUCAUCCAUUUACUUCAUUUUCGAUAAUUACUUUUUGGUAUAUAGAGCUCUAUUUAUGAAUCUGUACUGGAAAUCUAUUAGUUUAACAUCAGGCAGAAAAGAAACUUGAUAUUCACACGGCCAGUAACUGUUCAUUAAUAUUCAGCGUGGUUUCACUGUCUUUAUACCAUUGGGGAAGUAUGCACAUUAGCUUAUUGUGUAUGGUCUUUUUGAGAAUUUUGAUAUAUUUUUAUGAAACAAUUGUAGAAUUAAUAAUGUCAUAUAUGUUCAAAUAAUAUCAGUUUUGUUAUGACCACAAAACAUGCAUUCAUGAAAAACAUUUUUAUGUGAAUGCUCUGCAAGAUGGCAUGAUAUGAUGUCAUUGAUUUGACUCAAUAAAUCCUUUAUAAAAGCAAAACCUGGAUGUGUAGUUUCCUCUGGAUAAUGUUACCAGGCGGAUAUUGCACCCUGAUGGCAACAAUGGAAGCGCAUGUCAUGUUCUUGCUGUAAUACUACCAGAGACUGGAAUAUGGUCUCUGAUAUUACUGACUGUUCAUGAAAAUAAUCUGAUAUGAAAACUUUUGCAGGAUGAGAAAUCAUCUGAUGGAUGACAUGUUUAGCUCUUGAGAUUGAAAACAGGGUUGUCAUUAAUGAAGGUGUCUGUCUCCUGAUUGUGAUGUUACAGGUUGCAGGAAUUGGGUGCUACACCACUAUGAAGUCAUUUAUCAUGUAUGAAGUUAACACUGGAUGUACAUUGACAUGAAUGUCAUGUUUGUGUUAUUGUUGGGAGAUAUAAAUAUAUUGUUACAGAA